AUGGGCUCUGCUUCUACUCUCCCUCAUCUCAGGACCAACCCCAAGAUCAUCUUCUUCUCGGAUUUUGAUGGCACCAUUACUCUUGACGACAGCAAUGACUUCAUGACCGACAACCUAGGCUUCGGUGGGGAGAAACGCCGACAGCUGAACAAGGACGUCCUCGAGAACAAGGUCACUUUCCGUGACUCCUUCCGGGAAAUGCUCGACAGCGUCCCCAACGCUUUCGACGACUGCCUCGAAAUUCUCAAGAAGAACGUCCGCCUUGACCCUCACUUCAAGGAAUUCUACUACUGGGCGAAGGAGAACAAUGUGCCGAUCGUGGUUCUGUCUUCGGGUAUGGUUCCUGUUAUCGAAACAUUGUUCGAGACUCUUCUCGGCCACAAGACCGACGACCAUCUCAAGAUUGUCGCCAACAAUGUUGAGAGCCGCGAUGGCAAAGAUAUCAACACCCCCGGUGGAUGGCAAAUAAAGUAUCACGACGACAGCCACUUCGGCCACGACAAGUCCUUGGAGAUUAAGCCGUACGCUGCGGUGCCGUUCGACGAGCGCCCUACUCUGCUGUACGCCGGGGACGGUGUUUCGGACUUGUCCGCUGCUACAGAGACAGACCUUCUUUUCGCCAAGGCUGGAAAGGACUUGAUCACCUACUGCGAGCGAGAAGGCAUGCCAUACACCGUCUUUGAGGAUUGGUCAUCGAUUCUUGCCACGACGAAGGAUAUCCUGAGCGGCAAGAAAGUUGUGAAGAAGGAGCAGAAGGAGUAA